ACGAAAAUUUUCGACAUUUCGGUAGUGCGUUUGUUAUGUUAAUAUUAUUGUCUAAUAAUCUAUUCUAAGAGUUUGUUACACCUUAGAAGUAAUCUUACGAGACAUGGAUUCUCUGGUAGGCUACGGAAGUGACGAUGAGCACGAAAACGAUCGCUAUGGUGGUCAUCACUCAUCGGGCGCGGGGCGGCGGCGCGAGGACGACACCAACUACGAGGAAGUCAACAUGGACAUGAGCGAGGACUCGCAGCAGGAGUCGGAGCCCGAGCUGCCGCAGGCGGAGCGCCCCAACGACCGGGGCUCCGAUAAGGAUUGGGGAAAUCUACGUAUGUGCGGCAGUUCCCGUGACCGCCGGGAUCGUCGCCGCGAGUCCCCGCGGCGCGACCGCGCACGUGACCGUCGGUCGCCCCGGCGCGAUGACAGAUCUAACAGAUCGGACAGACCGGACCGCAGCCGCGGCCACGAGAGCUCCCGCCGCGGGCUGCUGGGCGACAGACCCGAUGACAGACCUGACAAGCCACCAGCGCUCAUGGACCUGAAGUUCGGGGACGGGGCUCCGGGGCGCUCGCUCGACGCACGAGACGCCGUGUCGCCCAGGUUCGUAGAUCGCGAUCGUCGCGACAGAGACAGAGGAUCGCGAGAGCGCGAGCGUGACAGAGAUAACAGAGAGGGACGUUACAGAGACCGUCGCGAUGACGAUAGAAGGUCCCGCGAGCCGCGCGCGCCCCGCCCCGGGGCCGCCUACCCGCCGCCCCCGCCGCCGCAACAUGGCGCCGGUAGCUCCGGAUACACCGAGCGUCGCGGCGACGGAGACUACAAGCCUUCCUCGUUCAAGGUCAACAGGAAACUGGAUGUUAUGGAGAAAAUGGGUCUGCAGAUCAAGACCCCCGACGGUUCCAUGGCGACGGCGCAGCAGCUGCGAGCGGCGGCGCACGAGCCCGGACACCCCGCCCCGCUCCCCUCCUACUACAACCCGCAGGCCAAUAAAAUACUCGAUCAGGUGGCGAAACGUAAGCUGCUAUGGGCACACAAGAAAGAAGAAAAGUCUGAGGCCGAGAAGGCGGCGCCCUGGACGGGGACGCGGUUCGCGGCCGACCAGGACGGCAAGCAGGCCUCCAAGUUCAUGCGGCUCAUGGGCAUCAGAGACCCUGACGCAGUCAAACAAGAGGUUCCAGAGAAGACCGUAGACCCCAUCAAAAAGCAAGAGGAACUUUUCCAGGCCAUGCAGGCCCAGUACGAGGUCGCGCGCGCCACCACGCACACCAUGCGCGGCGUGGGGCUCGGCUUCCAGCGCGGACAGUACUAGUGCUAGUGCCUAUAGUGAAGGACUGGAUCUUAUGUGAUGAGUGAGCGUUCUAGGAUCAU